UAAACAACUAUCUUUUGAUUUUCUAUUUAACCCCAUUAUAAAUGUUAUCUUCAAUUCGUAAACCUCACAUGAUGGCCUAUUAGAUUACGUCCCUUUAUUUAAACACUGUUGUCAGGACACUGUCAGCAUAAUAUAUUUUUUAUCGAACUGAGUUACUCAGUAAAAUCUGUUUGAGCAGUCAACCAAUGUCUUCCCUAGGUUACCUCCCCAUUGUUCUAGUGCUUCUGUCGUUUGCUACAUUUAUUGUUACAUAUAUUGUAGCAGUUGUAAGAGAUGAUGUUUCUGCAGCAUUUCCUUAUAUCAGUGACACUGGAGCUGAGAUUCCAGAAAGUUGUAUAUUCGGACAGUUUCUGAACUUAGCAGCUUGUUUAGCAUUCUGCACUAUGUAUGUAAGAUAUAAGUCUAUACAAGCUAUAGCUGGUAAUGAAGAUAUAUGGCUAGGUAGAAUGAAUAAAGUAUCUUUUAUACUUGGAAUUAUUUCUGCUAUUGGAACUUCCAUGGUGGCCAACUUUCAGGGUUAUACAGCUCAUGUGAUAUCAACUGCUGGUGAAUGGAUAACAGCAGCCACCUUUCUUUGUUUCUUUUUUACCUAUGUUAGAGAGUUCUUUAAAUUUGAACUAAAUAUAGCCAUGAGGCCUUUAGUACGACAUUUGGAUGAGGAGCCAUAUUAUCAUGACCGUGAAACUAAUGAUGAAAGAACAAGACUUUUAGGAUGA